AUGAAGCCCACCAUCGUCGUUACUGGUGCCUCCAAAGGCAUCGGGCUCGCUGUCACCCGUCAUCUCCUCCACAGGUUCAACGCGAAUGUCAUUGCCAUUUCGCGUUCGGUCACCCCAGAGCUCUUCGCCCUCAACUCGGAGGCCCUCCUCGUCCUCGAAUGCGAUGUCACAGACGAAACAGCAUUAUCUAGCGCCAUAUCGCAUGGUGCAGCGCAUUAUCAUGGAAUCGACGGCCUGAUACUGAACGCGGGCACCCUUCACCCUCUGUGCCGCAUUGGAGACGAUACGCCUCUGGAUUCGUGGAAGAGACAUUUCGACGUCAAUUUCUUCUCACUCGUUACAGCGACCAAGGCCGCCUUGCCGUACUUGCACAGAAGCACUCGCGGCGGGCGCAUUGUCUUCAUGAGCUCAGGUGCUGCUGUGAAAGGGACACCUGGCUGGGGCCCUUAUAAUGCCAGUAAGGCAGCCAUGAACUCUCUCUGCAGGACCCUCGGCGAGGAGGAACCCGAUGUUAUUUCUGUUGCUUUACGUCCUGGCAUGGUCGACACUCAUAUGCAGCAUACACUUCGUCUGGUUGGCGCCUCCUCCAUGGACGAAAACGAUUACAAGAAGUUCGUGCAGGUCCACGCGGGUGGCAAGCUCGUCAAACCCGAGGACUGUGGACAUGUCAUUGCGGCGUUGUCGUUGGAAGCUCCGAAGACCCUGAGCGGGCAGUUCGUGAGCUGGGACUCCGAGGAAUGUAAACCUUUUAGGCAGGAGUAG